UGUUCGCAGGCUGAUAUCACGAAAACUUGAGCUAAUAUUGGUGGAGCUGCUGUCACGAGAAACACACAGUAAGCGAUACCGAGAAUAAGAGAAAAGUCACGCGAGAAAAUCAGUGAUACUCGUGCUGUGGUGUUCUUAUGUAAUAUUGAGACGCUGUAACACUGUGUUGUACAAUCGUUAUCGCUAUAGCGGAAUAUUCCCAACAACGUGUAAUAUCGCCUCAUCAGAGAAUAAUGGACACAAAUGGCGAUAAAUUCGAAUUUGCCAUAGACCGCGGAGGCACGUUCACCGACAUAUACGCCAGAUGUUCAGGUGGUAAGAUUCGAGUCAUGAAAUUACUCUCGGUAGAUCCAGCCAAUUACGAGGAUGCACCGAGGGAAGGUAUUCGCAGGAUACUCGAGCAGGAAACCGGUGUUAAAAUGGACGACAAGGUGGAUACAUCCAGGAUAGGAUGGAUCAGGAUGGGCACGACAGUUGCCACGAAUGCAUUGCUGGAGAGAAAGGGCGCGAAAAUGGCGUUGUUGAUAAACGAGGGUUUCAAGGACCUGAUAUUCAUCGGUAAUCAGGCUCGGCCAAAUAUUUUCGAUUUGGAAAUAGUGACACCGGAGGUUUUGUACAAGAAAGUGGUGGAAGUAAAGUGCAGAGUGAUUCCCGCUCUGACGGGCAGGUGCCAAUUGGAGAACAAGUCGUGGCGGAGGGUCAAGGGAUCCACCGGCGAAGAUUUGUUCGUCACUCAAGAACUCGACGAGGAGCAACUGAUGAAAGAUCUAGAGGAACUCCGUAGCCUGGAAAUAGAUAGUCUCGCUGUUGUCCUGGCGCAUAGUUACACUUACGCAAAUCACGAGAUCAGGGUCGGCGAAUUAGCGAGGAAAGCGGGUUUCUCCCACGUGUCCCUUUCGCACGAAGUGAUGCCAAUGACUAGAAUAGUUCCUAGAGGUUUCACAACCUGCGCGGAUGCUUACUUGACGCCGCAUAUUAAGAGUUACCUAGAGGGAUUCUCUUCGGGAUUCAAAGACAAUUUGAAAGGCGUGAAUGUGUUAUUUAUGCAAAGCGACGGCGGACUAACACCUAUGCAUUCCUUCAACGGGUCACGCGCUAUACUCUCCGGGCCGGCUGGCGGUGUCGUUGGAUACGCGAUCACGACUUACGGGAAGGAGACUGACAUGCCGGUUAUCGGAUUUGACAUGGGCGGCACGUCGACCGACGUGAGCCGCUACGGAGGAAAUUACGAGCACGUUUACGAGAGCACGACAGCAGGUGUCACCAUACAAGCUCCUCAGUUGGACGUCAACACAGUUGCGGCAGGAGGUGGAUCGAUGCUUUUCUUCAGGUCGGGUCUCUUCGAGGUCGGGCCUGAGAGCGCGGGCGCCCAUCCCGGACCCGCGUGUUACAAGAAGGGCGGCCCCCUGGCUGUGACAGACGCGAAUCUCGCGCUGGGCCGUCUGCUGCCCGAAUAUUUCCCUCAAAUUUUUGGGCCCGACGAGAACGAGCCGCUCGAUAAACGUUGCACGAUAACGGCGUUUGAGGAGCUCACGAACGAGAUCAACGGGUUUUUGAGUAAAAACGGAGAAAAUUCCAAGGAGAAGAUGACUCUCGAAGAGGUGGCUAUGGGGUUCGUCAAGGUCGCGAACGAGACCAUGUGUCGUCCGAUUCGUGCCUUGACUCAGGCGAAAGGUUACGACACUUCUCGUCACGUUCUGGCGUGUUUCGGUGGCGCCGGGGGUCAACAUGCGUGUGCAAUCGCGCGAUCGUUGGGCAUGGGCCAAGUUUUCAUUCAUAAGUACGCCGGUAUCUUGUCAGCUUAUGGUAUGGCAUUGGCGGACGUAGUCGAGGAGGUCCAAGAGCCAAGCGCCGAAGUUUACGAGGAAGAGAGCUUCGAUCGCUUGGAUGACCGCAUUGACGAGAUGCAGGCGAAAGUCAAGAGCAGAUUGCGCGCCCAAGGAUUCACGGACGAUCGGAUAGAAACGCAACCGUUUUUGCACUUACGUUACCAGGGGACCGAUUGCGCUUUAAUGUGCGUUCCUGUUAACGCAGACCGAGAGGAAAAGAAAUUCCCCCGACACGGAGACUUUCUUGCUUCAUUUCUCAGAAGGUAUCAGACCGAGUUCGGCUUCACCAUGCCGGAACGCAAGGUCUUGGUGAACGACGUGAGAGUUCGAGGAGUCGGUAAAACUGAAAUUUCCGAGGAUCCUGUGUUACCCACGUCUUCCCAACCGCCAAAAUUCGAUAAGACCACCAUGGUAUACUUCGAGGGUGGUUAUCGGCAGUCGAUGGUUUAUCACUUAAGUUCCUUGUGGGCCGGACAGAAUAUACAAGGUCCCGCCAUUAUCAUGGACAGCCUGAGCACAAUUUUAGUGGAGCCGGAUUGCACCGCUGUAAUUACUAAUCGCGGAGACGUGCGGAUCGUAAUCGGGCAGUGUCAUCGAACGACGAAUAUCACCACCGAUCUCGACGCCAUCCAGCUCAGUAUUUUUUCCCACCGUUUCAUGAGCAUCGCCGAGCAAAUGGGCCGAAUACUUCAAAGAACUUCGAUCUCUACGAACAUAAAGGAACGACUGGAUUUUUCGUGCGCGGUUUUCGGCCCCGACGGCGGUCUCGUCUCGAACGCACCCCACAUUCCGGUGCACUUGGGAGCCAUGCAGGAGACCGUGCAGUACCAGAUAAAAGCGUUCGAGGGACAUUUCGAACGAGGAGACAUUAUUCUCUCGAACCAUCCGUUAGCCGGCGGCUCCCAUCUGCCGGAUUUGACGGUCAUCACGCCGGUAUUUUACAAGGAUAUACCUGAGCCGGUAUUCUUCGUGGCCAGCAGAGGUCAUCACGCUGAUAUCGGCGGUAUCACUCCCGGUUCAAUGCCACCGCACUCUACGACGCUACUUCAGGAGGGCGCUUCUUUCAAAAGUUUCCUGCUGGUACACAAAGGAGUCUUCCGUGAGAAGGAACUGACGGAAGCUUUGAUGGCGCCGGGCAAACUACCGGGAAGUUCCGGUACCAGAAACUUGUCGGACAAUCUCAGCGAUCUCAAAGCCCAAAUCGCGGCGAAUCAAAAAGGCUCGCAACUGGUGUACGAUCUGAUCGACAUAUAUACGCUUGAAGUAGUUCAGGCAUACAUGGGUCACAUACAACGUAACGCGGAAGUUGCCGUUCGAGAAAUGCUGAAAUCGGUGGGCACGAAAGUUCUACGAGAAACUGGAAAUACCAGCAUCAGCGCUGUCGAUUAUCUCGACGACGGCAGUCCGAUCAGAUUGCGUGUGGACAUUGAUAUCAACGAAGGCGAAGCGAUUUGUAAUUUCAGCGGGACUGGUUACGAGGUUUGGGGUAACUGCAACGCGCCACGCGCCAUUACUUUCUCCGCGUUGAUCUACUGCCUGAGGUGCAUCGUCGGUCGGAACAUACCGUUAAACCAGGGAUGUUUGAAGCCCGUGAAGAUAAUGAUCCCGAAGGGAUCGUUGCUCGAUCCCUCGGAGGAAGCCGCGGUAGUCGGCGGGAACGUCUUGACGUCUCAGCGAAUCGUCGACGUCGUCCUGAAAGCCUUCGAAGCUUGCGCGGCUUCACAGGGUUGCAUGAACAACGUAACCCUCGGCACCGAGGAAUGGGGUUAUUACGAGACGGUUGCUGGUGGUAGCGGAGCGGGGCCGACUUGGGACGGCAGAAGUGGCGUUCACACCCACAUGACCAACACGCGGAUCACCGAUCCCGAAAUACUGGAGCUACGUUAUCCGAUUGUGCUCGACAAGUUCUCGCUCAGGUCCGGAAGUGGCGGCAACGGGAUGUAUCGCGGCGGCGACGGUGUUGUGCGCGAAAUGACUUUCAGGGCUCCGAUGACCUUGUCCGUGUUAACCGAGCGGAGGGUGAACAGUCCACCUGGGCUUAACGGCGGCAUGCCGGGAGAACGCGGUCGUAACACUUUGGUGCGAGCUGAUGGUAGAAAGAUCAACUUGGGCCCGAAGACCGCAGUUCCGGUAUACGCAGGGGACAGAUUUAUUUUGGAAAGUCCAGGCGGCGGUGGUUACGGCGUGCCUGGCACAAAUACGUUGGCGACUCGUAACAGAGGCUCACAUAACUUCGCGGAGCGCGGAAGUGUUUUUGAGUACCGGAAGGCCCAGGAAUCCGUCUAGGAAGGCUCGCAGUUACUGCCGCGAGCGCGAUGAAUUGUGGUGUGGAAGACACAUUCCGGAAAGGCGUCACAGCUGUAGCCUUCGCAGUGAGCUACGUCGCAUCGCUCUAAUAAAUUUCCAUUGUAUGGCGCAUUAUUAUUGUACUGGUGACAUGGAUUUUGCGCCGAUAAAUAUUUCGAUAGAUAGAUAUAAAAGAUAGAGAUAUAAAAGAAGGAAAAGAAUCGAAACGAUAUAUUUCAAUUGAAUCUUGUGUGUAAUGCAUAACACGUUCGAGUUUUUCAAAGCAAUGAAAUGCAUGACAUCCUUAAACUCGUGAAAAUAUAUAUAAAUAUAAAAUAAAAAAUAUAAAAUAAAUAUACACUCGUGUGCUACAAAUGGUUAUGAUAAAGUAUAUUUUUAUUUGCGAUAUAAAUAGAUCAUUUAAUCAUACAAUGGCUUAUUAUAUUUGAAAUAUAAUAAUAUUGGAUAAAAUUUUACGUAUAACUGCGCACUAUAAACAGUUACAGUAAACAGUUAUAUAUGUAUUGUAUAUGAUUAUAUGUAGAAACUGUUUUAUCGCCAAAAAAAGUUGAUUUGUAACAUUUUAUUGAUGUUAUGUUUCUGUUAGAUUAUUGUUAUAUUUGUACUGAUAUACAGGAGACUUA